GUACUUGCGGGAAUGGCGACGAUGAAUCGCCGCAGCUCAGUACCUCACUACCUCGUCCUCCUGAAGUGGUUACGCCAUUGGCGUCGCUUUCCUUCAUAACUACUCUAUUUUCCGAGGACCCAUUUGAUUUAAUCGUGUUAAUCACACGUUUAAAUCGGUGUGUGUGUGUGUGUUUUAUACUGUUCAUUGCCCAAUUGCUGCUUUCCAGAUUUCGAUUAGCUUUUCGAUCGUCACAGCUGUCGCCAUCUGGAGCAACAAUGGCGGAUCUUAAACCCAGGACCGAGAUUUCUUUCCUGGAGACAUUCAUCUGCAGCGCUUUCGCCGCUUGUUUUGCAGAGCUAUGUACCGUGCCUUUGGACACUGUCAAGGUAAGACUUCAGCUGCAAAGAAAAAUCUCCACAGGAGAUGGCACCAUUUUGGCAAAGUACAGGGGUUCAUAUGGAACUCUGACCACCAUAGUGAGGGAAGAGGGUUUUCCUGCACUCUGGAGAGGUAUGAUCGCAGGAUUGCAUCGCCAAUGUAUUUACGGUGGCUUAAGGAUCGGAUUAUAUGAGCCCGUCAAGAUGUUUCUGGUUGGAAGUGAUUUUGUCGGGGACAUUCCAUUGUAUCAAAAGAUUCUAGCAGCUUUGUUUACGGGGGCUGUUGCAAUCAUAGUAGCUAACCCAACUGAUCUUGUCAAAGUUCGCCUUCAAGCUGAGGGGAAACUGACGGCUGGGAUGCCUAGGCGUUAUGCUGGGGCUGUGGAUGCUUAUCUCACUAUAGUGAGGCAGGAAGGAAUCCGUGCAUUAUGGACCGGGCUUGGCCCCAAUAUAGCUCGCAACGCUAUUAUAAAUGCUGCCGAGCUAGCGAGUUAUGACCAAAUAAAACAGACAAUUUUGAAAAUCCCGGGCUUUACCGACAGCAUUCAAACUCAUUUACUAGCUGGUGUGGCUGCAGGCUUUUUUGCUGUCUGUAUCGGUUCUCCCAUUGAUGUUGUGAAAUCUAGAAUGAUGGGGGAUCCUACCUACAGAAACACCGGUGAUUGUUUCGUCAAGACUUUGAAGAACGAGGGAUUUUCGGCAUUCUACAAAGGGUUUCUACCGAAUUUCACGAGACUUGGGACGUGGAUAGUUGUCAUGUUCCUCACUCUGGAACAGGUGAAAAGGGUGUUUACAAGCAAUGUAUUCUACGACUGAUUGAUUACUGCUCUCAUGUAUUUGUUUGAUGCUACCUCAUAACCUUACUUUUUUUUUUUGGCGCUAAUUAUGAAAACGAAGAAUUCAUUCGGGCGAUCCUAAAUAAACUUGGGAUUAAACAAUGUUGAUUUUGUAUGAAAAAGCAUAUACGUCAUACCCCUAUGAGUUAGGAUUCUUGAGUUA